CAAUUCUGAUGGAAAACCAGAGUGAAACAAGAAAUAGUAGUUUUGUAUUUUUGCUUAUGGUGUCUAUGGUAGUUUCAUACAUACUUUUCAUUAAGUUAAGCCUAAAAACAUACUUAAAGUAACAUAUCCUCGUUAAGUAUGUCCCUUCACAGUGCCUUAUUUAACACUUGUGACUUAGCGAGUAAGUAGUGAUUUAGUAUUAAUCGGAACGGCUAUUCCAGUACAUAUAUAAUAUAUCUAAUUGAGGAGACCCUUCCACAACCUGCAAUUAUAACCAAACAAUCAUGGCGAAGCGAAUCCCAUUCCCUUUUGACAUUAAAAAUGUCACCGAAGAUGAAGACAAAUUAGUCAAGAAGUAUUAUAAAGGGUAUGUGAGGCCUUUUAUAAAAGUUGGGCCUAAGGAGUACUUCUGGAUGGCGGGCUACGGUGACCACGCUGAAGACAUAUACAAUCUGGGAGUAAGAUCUGAUGAUAUCUGGGUUGUGUCAUUCUCUAGGUCAGGUACGACCUGGUUGCAAGAGCUAGUGUGGCUGGUAGCCAAUGACCUGGACUACACCGGCGCGGCCAAAGACCCGCUUACCAAACGAUUCGCUUUUAUCGAGUACCCAACUCAGGCAAGUGAAGUGAGGAAACCUUCAGUAUCUGGUGGUCACAGCGCCACCUGGAACGACUACAGAGAUCUGCACACCCUGCCUUCUCCAAGAUAUGUGAAGAGUCAUGUAAACCUGGAUUGUCUUCCACCUAAGCUACUGGACACUGCCAAGGUUUUCUACAUAGCUCGACAUCCCCUGGACGUGGCAGUCUCCUUUCACUUCAUGCACAUCUUGUUCAGAUAUUUCGACGACGGAGUACAGUUUAAGGAAUUCUGGGACCUCUACAAACGUAACUUAGUUCUGCACGCGCCUCUAUCAGCUCACGUGCACGAAGCUUGGCUGAAAAGGAAUCAUCCCAACAUGAUGUUCCUGUUCUACGAGGAUAUGCAAAUGGAUUUACGUAAAGUAAUCGACAGAGUUACCACGUUUCUGGGUAAGGAGUAUACCGACGAGCAGAAAGACAAACUAGCCGCUCAUCUUACAUUUGACAACAUGAAGAAAAAUAAUAAAGUGAAAACCUCUAUCGACGCGGACGACGACUCCGAAAUAAAGUUUCUGAGAAAAGGUAAGUCAGGCAACUGGGUGAAGUACUUCGAUACAGAAGAACUAGUGAAAGAAGCUGAAGAAUACAUGCGGAAGUAUCUAGAGAAUACUGACAUGGUCUUCCCAACUGUAAACUGAUAUCUGUAUUUUGCUAGUUUUAUAAAUAAAACACAUUAUUUUAUUUUUA